AUGGCUACUUCUGCCGCCACCGCCAAACAAGGAGGGUUCAGGCAUGGAGAGGUCUUCGAGUCCAACCUCCGUCUUGGUCGGGAGUUUUCUCAUCAAACAAAUGGGGGGCAGAGGAGCUAUGAGAACAUCGGCGAAGAUCGCCAGCAUCGGCGUCUCAAUGUCGGGUCUCCGGGGCUCGACGGCAGCGCUCCUGACAGAGCUGUUGUGGCUUCACUUGCUUCUGAUCCAAAUGUAUGGAAUGUAGUCAUGGAAAAUCCUGCUGUCUGUAGGUUCUUCCAAUCACAGACAAGUUUAAAUUUAUAUGAUCAUGUGAAUACUGAAAGUGGUAGGAUCUAUUCUUAUGAGCUGGAUGUUAAUGAAAACUUUGUUGCAGUGUCUGAUUCUGGAGUAGUGGAAACUACUGAGAAAGUGGGAAAGUUAUCAACUUUUUCUACUGAAGGAGAUGAAACACUUGAAAAGAUGGAAGCCACGGUCGAGUCUGACUCGGGAAGCAUGUUUUUGGAUUUCAUGGGUUUUCUGCAGAACUUAAAGCUUACUGUUACUGAAUUGGUAAGUAGUGUGUCUAGUUUCCUUCAGAACAUAUUCCCGUCACCUGAUUCUUCUAAGGAGGCCAUUGGGCCUGAUUCUGCGUAUGGGAAGCUGGGUGAAAGAAUCCCAAUCCCUUACGGUGGAGGGUGA